CCGAUCAAGACCAGUCAAUGCUUCGGUGCACAUAGCAGAAGAAACGACGUGUAAAUUACAAUUUACCACUAGUUCCAGCUGCUGUCGAUUUGCUGCCUUUUGCUCUUCGCGCCUUCCCCGCCCAAUGGAAUCUACUCCCUCAACGUCGAUGCGACCGUCACACUUACCCUAAUCUGCGGAAUCACAAGCAUACAAGCUCUUACAGUCACCUCAAACUGGUAAUUCACAGCACGUUCUUCUGUUUCCAAACUGUUUGAGAGCUUGACGUUUCCGGGUGCGAGUGAAUUCGUGAAGUCGCUUUACGAACGAACCCUACGAUUCGGCUUUGACUGGUAGUCAGUUCGAAAAUUACUGAGAGUUGAUUUCCCUCUACCUCGUAGAUAUUCAAUAGUCUGGGAUUGCAAGAUGCACAUAAAGCAGGUUAUAAUUGAAGGGUUUAAGAGCUAUAGAGAACAAGUUGCUACCGAGCCUUUCAGUUCAAAAAUAAAUUGUGUUGUUGGUGCGAAUGGAUCUGGCAAGACUAAUUUUUUCCAUGCUAUAAGGUUUGUACUGAGCGACCUCUUUCAAAAUUUGCGGAGUGAAGAGAGGCAUGCUUUGCUCCAUGAAGGUGCAGGUCACCAAGUUGUAACUGCUUUUGUAGAAAUUGUGUUUGAUAAUACUGACAAUCGCAUACCAGUAGAUAAGGAAGAGGUGCGCUUGCGUCGAACAAUUGGGCAGAAAAAGGAUGAGUAUUUCUUAGAUGGGAAGCAUAUUACGAAAACGGAAGUUAUGAAUUUAUUGGAAAGUGCUGGAUUCUCUCGCUCAAAUCCUUACUAUGUUGUGCAGCAAGGAAAGAUAGCAUCAUUGACAUUGAUGAAGGAUUCUGAGCGGCUGGAUCUACUCAAGGAAAUUGGUGGCACUCGAGUCUAUGAGGAGAGAAGACGUGAAAGUUUGAAAAUAAUGCAUGAGACCAGCAAUAAAAGAAAGCAGAUAAUUCAAGUUGUUCAGUAUCUUGAUGAGAGAUUGAAAGAACUUGAUGAAGAAAAAGAAGAACUUAGAAAAUAUCAACAGUUGGAUAAGCAGCGAAAAUCUUUAGAGUAUACUAUUUAUGACAAAGAACUUCAUGAUGCUCGUCAGAAACUUGUAGAGAUAGAUGAAGCUCGAGCCAAGGUUUCUCAACCAUCAAGCAAAAUGUAUGAGACUGUUCUGGAUGCUCAUGAAAGGUCCAAGGACUUUGACAAAAAAUUGAAAGAGUUGACUAAGGAAAUUCAAGGUUUAGUCAAAGAGAAAGAAACAGUAGAGAAGAGGCGAACAGAAGCUAUAAAAAAGCACACGGAACUUGAGCUUGAUGUCAAAGACCUAGAAGAGAAGAUCUCUGGAAGCAUGAGGGCGAAGGAGGAAGCAGGGAGGCAGCUUCAGAUGCUGCAAAGAGAAAUCAAAGAUUCUUCUGAUGAGCUUGACAAAAUAAGUCCAAUUUACGAUAAUCAAGGCCUAGAGGAGAAGGAAAUAUCUAAAGGAAUAAUGGAGCGGGAAAAGCAGCUUAGUAUUCUUUAUCAGAAACAAGGUCGUGCAACCCAGUUUUCAAGUAAAGCUGCCCGUGAUAGAUGGCUUCAGAAGGAGAUUGAUGAAUAUGAACGAGUGUUAUCUUCAAAUAUGGCACAGGAACAAAAGCUUCAGGAUGAAAUUGAUAAGCUUAACGCUGAGUUACAUGAGCGAGAUGCCUAUAUUGAGAGCCGUAGAAUGGACAUUGCAACUUUGGAGUCCCACCUAACUGAGUCAUCUGAAGGGUUCAAUACCUAUAAAGCACAGAGAGACAAACUUCAGGAUGAGCGGAAGUCGUUAUGGAACAAGGAAAAUGAACUUGUUGCUGAAAUUGAUAGGCUGAAAGCUGAAGUUGAGAAGGCAGAAAAAAGUCUAGAUCAUGCUACUCCCGGUGACGUAAGAAGGGGACUAAAUUCUGUUCGGAGGAUCUGUAAGGAGUAUAAAAUCUCUGGGGUGUAUGGUCCAAUUAUUGAGUUGCUCGAUUGCGAUGAUAAAUUUUUUACUGCUGUUGAAGUUACUGCUGGAAACAGCUUAUUUCAUGUGGUGGUGGAAAACGAUGGAAUAUCAACCCAGAUCAUCCGACACCUUAAUUCCCAGAAAGGUGGAAGGGUUACUUUUAUACCACUUAACAGGGUGAGAGCUCCACAAAUUACUUAUCCACAGAGUUCUGAUGUGAUACCGUUAUUGAAGAAAUUAAAAUUCUCUCCCAAUUAUGCAGCAGCUUUUUCUCAGGUGUUUGCAAGAACGGUGAUUUGUCGAGAUUUAGACGUGGCCACAAAAGUUGCUCGCACUGAUGGUUUGGACUGUAUAACUUUGGAGGGUGACCAAGUUAGCAAAAAGGGUGGUAUGACAGGUGGAUUUUAUGAUCACCGACGUUCAAAAUUGAAGUUUAUGAAUAUAAUUAUGCAAAAUACAAAAGCCAUUAACGUGAAGGAAGUUGACCUGGCGAAAGUUAGAUCAAUGCUUCAAGAGAUAGACAGGAAAAUUACUGAACUUGUUACAGAGCAGCAGAAAAUUGAUGCCAAGCAGGGUCAUGAUAAAUCAGAAAUGGAACAGAUGAAGCAGGACAUUGCUAAUGCUCAAAAGCAGAAACAAUUAAUAUCUAAAGCUCGUUUGAAUAAGGAAAAAUCACUUGCUGAUGUCCGGACUCAGAUUGAUCAGCUUAGAGGUAAUAUGGCCAUGAAACAAGCUGAAAUGGGCACUGAUCUCAUUGAUCAUUUAACACCAGAGGAAAAAAAUCUCCUAUCACGUUUGAACCCUGAAAUAUCAGAGCUGAAAGAGAGGCUUAUUGCAUGCAAGACAGAUCGUAUUGAGACUGAAACAAGGAAAGCAGAGCUUGAGACAAAUCUAACAACUAACCUUAAGCGGCGGAAACAAGAGUUAGAAGCUAUAAUAUCAUCUGCAGAAGCAGACUCUUUACAUGGAGAAACAGAAUUGAAGAGACAGGAAUUGAAAGAUGCCAAAUUUUUAGUAGAAGAAGCGACUCAACAGCUUAAAAGAGUUUCUGAAAACAUGGACUACAGAUCUAAGGAAGUCAAGAAGAUUAAAGAUGAAAAGAAUAAGCUGAAGGCUUUAGAGGACAGCUAUGAGAAGACACUUCAGGAGGAACAAAAAGAAUUGGAACAACUGCUAAGCAAAAGGAAUGUUCUUCUUGCCAAAGAAGAAGAGUAUUCAAAGAAAAUUGGAGAACUGGGGCUAUUGUCAUCUGAUGCUUUUGAAACGUAUAAGAGGAGGAACGUCAAGGAACUGUAUAAAAUGUUGCACAGAUGCAAUGAACAACUGCAACAAUUCAGUCACGUUAAUAAAAAAGCAUUAGAUCAGUAUGUGAAUUUCACAGAACAAAGGGAAGAGCUUCAGAAAAGGCAAGCUGAAUUGGAUGCAGGUGAUGAGAAAAUUCAAGAGCUCAUAGGAGUCUUAGAUCAGAGGAAGGAUGAAUCAAUAGAACGUACAUUCAAAGGAGUUGCAAAGCACUUUCGAGAAGUUUUCUCAGAGCUUGUUCAAGGUGGCCAUGGAUAUCUAGUAAUGAUGAAGAAAAAGGAUGGUGACCAUGCCGACGACGAUCCUGAUGAAGCUGGACCUCAAGAAGCAGAUACUGGAGGCAGGGUUGAGAAAUACAUUGGAGUGAAAGUGAAGGUUUCGUUUACUGGGCAAGGAGAGACACAGUCUAUGAAGCAGUUGUCUGGGGGACAGAAAACUGUUGUUGCUCUAACCCUUAUCUUUGCCAUACAACGAUGUGAUCCUGCUCCAUUUUAUCUUUUUGAUGAGAUAGAUGCAGCAUUGGAUCCUCAAUAUAGAACCGCAGUUGGAAAUAUGAUCCGUCGGCUGGCAGACAUGGCAAAUACUCAAUUUAUAACAACUACAUUUAGGCCAGAGCUUGUGAAGGUUUCCGACAAGAUAUAUGGAGUAACCCAUAAAAAUAGGGUGAGCCGUGUCAAUGUUGUCUCCAAGGAAGAUGCUCUAGACUUUAUUGAGCAUGACCAAUCUCACAGCAACUAAGGUGGUUAAAGAUGCACGGAGGCAUUGGUCUAUAUUUGAUCUUGAAAGUAUUUUGUUACAUACGGGUGCAAAUAUGCAGCAUCGCUCAUCGAAAUACUUAUGAAAGAAGGUGUGAAAUUUUAGGGAUGUAAAUAGGCGAUGUUAGAUGACAUGGCAAGAUUAUGCUGUGAAGUUGUGUCUAACAGUACUUGUGUAGUUGCGUGUCUUCUAAUUCUUGGUAUAAUGUAAUUAGAGAAACAUGACUGGAAUGGUUGUGAUGUAGAGUGGUAUGGAAUGGUCGUACCUGCUUUAGGUUAUUAUUUAGUUUCCAUGGUGUGCCAUUAUACAUC